AUGCGGAGAGCUGGUUAUGUCUUCUUUAAUUUGCUGAGGUCACUCGAGACAGCNUGUUUCCACCGGCGUCUCUUCUUCUUCUUCAAUUUUCUCUCAUCUGAUUUGAUCGACCAACUAAAGGUCAAGAACCACCUGUGGCCUAAUUUUGAUGCUCAUAGGGGAGUGCUGCUGAACUAUUAUCGUCUUACCGAAAGCAAGGUACCAAAUCGCAUCGCUAUAGUGUUUAACCCUAGAUACUACACUGCUUUUGGCUGUCUCAAGGAGUGUCUUCAUCUGCUCACAGCUGAUAUAGGACCGGGCUCUUCGACUGCCACUAGAGCUGCCAAAGAGUGUAAACAUGGAGAGGUUACAUGUCCUCCAAAAGGUGAAACUUUGCAACUUCGUGGGGCUCUUAAGCUCCUCUCUAAACCACCGGAGGAUUUUCCGGUUUCUUGGUGUGGGUUUUAUGGGUCUUUGGCAAUUUCUCGUCCAAAGCGUGGGGGAUCACAGGUAGUGGUUAUGCAGCUUUUGCUUUUUUUUUCAGGCUGGUCCUCAAGCUUUGUGAAGUGGUUGGUGCCUCCUAUUCUAACUGAGCCUGGAAAGGUCAAGAACCACCUGUGGCCUAACUUUGAUGCUCAUAGCGGAGUGCUGCUGAAAUAUUAUCGUCUUACCGAAAGCAAGUGUAGAGUUGGUGAGAACCGAACUGCAUCCGGGUAGGGAGAUUUUUUGAAUUACUCCCUAACAGCUUUGUCGUUAUGUUGUCAAAGGAUCACAACAACAAGCAGCAAUAUGGACUGGCCUCAAGGAUUGUCAAAUUUGCUCAGAUACUACCAGAGAAAGGCAUCACUGGACAUGAUGAUGACAUGCUAAAGCGCAAAACCAUUUAUGGUUUCAGAGGUUUCUCUCAGAAUGCUUGCCAUGAUCUCACUUUGAUCAUUUUGAUGGUUGUUACAGUAGCGUCUUUAGCACUUGGGAUAAAAAAAAAAAAAAAAAAAAAAUCAGAGGGUAUAAAAGAAGGAUGGUAUGAUGGAGGAAGCAUUGCGUUUGCAGUGAUUCUUUUGAUUCUUGUCACUGCUGAUAGUGACUACAAACAGCCUCUCUCAACAUUGGCAAUCAGGUUCCUGCGCAUUGAGUGCUACCUUGACUGGAGAGAGCAAAGUCGAGUGUUUUCUUGUCUAUCAUAGUGAAAUUGUUGACUUUAGUUGCCUGCAACUGCAACUCAUCAUCGCCUUGGCUGGGGAACCAAGGUUUAAAACUGGAGUAAUGAUUGAUUCAUAUGUUUUUCUCUCCUUCAGCUGGGAAUGAAUUCGAGACAACCACAUCAUCUGCAACUUUAAAUUUAUAAUAAAUAACUCACUACAUCA